AUGGCGAUGGCGAUGGCGGCGGCGGCGGCGGCGGACAAAAACGCCGCGCGGGCGACGCCGCCGCGCCCGCCAACUCCGACGACGGCCUCGACGCACGCCGCCGCAGAGCCACACGGUGCGGCGCGUGUGGAGUCCGCACAACGCACGAAGGCCCAACAGCGGCAGCAGCGGCCCCUCCUGCGGACCGUCACACGGCGCCUGGUGUCUGGCGCCGUGCCCUCGCAUGCAGGCGGCGCCGCGGAGAGGCCCGGGGCGCGGAGCCGUAUGACUCCGCUGCGGCAAACGUUGAGCCCGUCAGCGCGAGCGCCGCCCGCCGCCCCGGCGAAGGCGGGAACCGAGCACGACAACGCAGCCCACGGCAGUGCAACGAAGCGGCGCCGCCCGCAGGUGCCUCCGUGCGGCUUUCGCAAGAGUGCAACGACGCUGGGGUCGAGCCCCGGCAAGCGCGACGCUGCGGGGCGUGAGCCGCUGCGGCGGCAGCUCACAUGCAGCCGCGCCGCCUCCCUGCAUCACCACUUGCGAGCCGUCGCGAAUUCCCCGCCCGAGAAGCGACAGUUCAGCGCAGCGCUGCUUCGUCAAGCAACUCCCACGACGGGAGCUGCCAUGGCACUCUCUCCGGCGUCAAAGAAGGCCGCAAUUUUGGCCAAGCCGGGUUCACGAGCUACGGCAGCCGGCAAGAAGAACGCUACUCCUUGUGAGAACGCCGCGGGGGCGAUGGACCUGCUGCGGCGGCCCCCGUCACUGAAGCCGAGGUCGCAUGGAACCCCCACCGCCGCACCGCGUGGGAACGCGACGUCGCUGCGGCCGUGGUACAUUCGCCUCACCUCCGCCUCGGCGCACGUUGCCCCCGCCACCAAGCAGUGUGAACGCUCUGCGACGGCAAAGGCGCUACCCACGCCCACACGGAAGCCACGCGUGGCCCUGCGGACGGCGUCUGCGCCCUGCCUUCCGCAACCCACGAGGCGGUUGCAGCGGACGCACACCAGCGACCGCCCCGCGGGAGCCACGCGGGAUGCGGCCUCCUCUUCGCUGCACACCGCCGUUGUUCCGGCGCCGCGGACGCGGGUCUCUCGUACCAACUCUGCCCCCAGCCGCGUUGGCGGCCGUGGUGGUGCCGCCCAGGAAGGCAGAAGAAGGACGCCGACGCCGCCAUUAGCUCGCGCGCGCGCCGCCGUCCAUGGUGGAGCCGUACCGUUUUCUGCGUUUGAUCGUCGUGGCGGCGGCGCCGGCAGGCGCACCUCCUCACUCCACUUGAGAGCGCCUGGGGAGGAGGACCAACUCCAGCGACAGAGGAAGACGCAGAAAGGGGCAAAGGAUGGGCGGGACGCGGUGGGCGAAGGCGGCGCCGCGCAGCAGAAGCCGGUUCUGAGGAAAGCGCCCCUGCCGAUUCGUGGGACGAAUAGUACCCUUUGUAGAGAGGCCUCGACGCGAGCGAAGGAGCGUCAACGCAUUCGGCAGGAGCACGAACGCUUGGCGGCGGAGGUGCCGCAUUUGUCACAGGAGACUUGGUUGGCAAUGCGGCGGGAGCUGCAGCGUUUGGUGGAGGUUCGCUCAAAGCGCACCGGCGCGGUCUUGGAAUCUCACGCAGAGGCCCCGCACCAGGGCGGCGAGAGGGAUCGGCGGCGAGAGGGCAUUAGAAAAAAUCCCACGGUCGGCGGCAUGGCGAUGCCGGCGCGGCCCGGCGGGGGCAUCCUGCAGCACGCUGGCACCGCCGGAGACGCGGUCGCAACGGAGCCGGCCAGGUCUUUAGAGGGCGCAACGGGGAGCCGCACGGGCGCCCCAGACGGGCCGUGCAACACGGGGGCGGGGCAGGAGGUGGAGGUGGUGGUGGCGGUGGCGGAGGGCGGGUUCUCCUCACCGCACCGUGGGUCGGGGGCGGCCCGGGCGCGGCCGAAGCUCGUCGCUGGCGCAGACAAAAACUUCCGCUCCCCCCCGCGUCAUCGCCGCCUGUCCCCCACCGCCGUGCACGGCGAGGGCGCCGCGGCGGGGGCGCACACGGCACCGCCGCACGGUCGGCGAGGGAGCGGGGUAGACGACGACGACGACGAGGACGAGGAGGAGGCGGCGAAGCUGCGAGGCAGCGGCAGUUGCGGGAGCGGCGCCUCCCCCUCCAUACGAGCUCCGAGCGCGCUCCUUGACGACGCGGGUGCGGCGUCCGCGUCCUCCACGCCGUGGCUGCGCCGUGGCGACGCAGCCGCGUCGGACGACGACGCCGCCUCCCCCAGCGUCCUCCCACCGCAGCGGAGGAACUCCCCAACAUCCACGAGGCGGCGGUCAGUCCGGCGGAGGGCAAAGGCGCCUGUCUUGAACUUCUGCCGCACGCGCAGCACACCGCGCCGGUCCUACUCUGCCACAUCCCCCGUGCGGCGCCACCGCGGAGUGUGGGAUAGAUCGAACUCGAAACGCUUCGCUGCGUCGCGAAACGCCAGGGGUGGUGGCCGAGGCGACGGCGUCGUCGUGCUAUCCUCCGACAUGCUCGUGGCUCUCUACGCCACCAUCCACGGGACGGCCGACGGCAACAGCGGCGGCGGCGGCGGCGGCGGCGGCCCUUGCGCGCAACGCCGCGGCAGGCGCAGUUUGCCGCAUCUCCCCACUGCGAGAACACUUAACUACGAGGACAGUGCAUCGACAAGGAUGACGACAACGACGACGAAGGCGGUGGCCGUCGCCCCAAUUUCAGCGGGGUGGAAGUUGCGUGGGCAAAGUGCCCGGUAG